AUGAAACCAGCCUCGCAGCCCUCCACCUCUUCCUACCUCCAACUCCCUUUAUUGUAGCAAAAGAAAGAAGAGAGAAAGAUAGAGAGAGAAUUAGAAGGAAGUGAGUAAGGCAAAGAGGAGAAAACCUUUAUCCAAUAUAUGGCUCAAAGCCAUUUCCUAUUGUUCCUUCUCCUUGGAAGCCUGUGUGCUCUCCUACUUAGAGUCUCCUACGCACAUAAAGACCAUGUAGUAGGUGGAGGAUUUGGCUGGAAGAUCCCUCCUAAUGCUACUUUCUACAAGGAAUGGGCUGCAACUAAGACCUUUGUAGUUGGCGACAAGCUCGGUAGGUUUUCAUCUCUCUUUCAAUUCUUAAGAAGUAUCAUAAUAUAUAUUGUACCAAAUAAAUUUGUUUUCGCAGUGUUCCUGUACAGGACAAGCGCAGAGAACGUUCUCGAAGUAUCCGCCCAAGACUACGAGGAUUGCGGCAAUGGCGAUAUCAUUGAAAUUUAUUACCGAGGCCCCAGCACCGUUCAGCUCAGCACUCCGGGCCGACACUUCUUCUACUCCGGCAUCGGCCUCCACUGCGAGGCCGGCCAGAAGCUCGCAGUCAACGUCGUCACAACCGCGCCGCCGCCACCUUUCGUCGCCGACGACUCCCUCUACUCAAUCGGCGGCCUCGAAAUCUUCACCUCACCCGAGCCGUCGCCGCUGAGGGCGACUGCGUCGGCUUCGUUGGCUGAUACGCGCCGGUAUGUUGCUCCGGCGGUGGCUGCGGCUCUGUUUGGCGGUUACUUGUUGGAAGAGUUAGGAAUGUGAGGUGGAGUGGAUGACUGGAUGAGGAAAUGCUAAUUGUUUGAUGUGGACGUUUUG